AUGUCCUCUAGCUUACCUCGUUUCAUUUCUGAGAAGGAAAUAGCUGAGCGAAAGCUAAGAGAUGCUGCAGAGGGUAAAAAAGAAGAGCCCUAUGACCCUCGGCCUCUUUAUGACCGUUUGCAAGCCGAGCGUGCUCGUCAGCAGGAGGAGUACGAGGCAUCUACAGCUUUCAAAAACCAAAUUCACCGGUUAGAUCCGGAUGAGGCUGCAUUUUUAGCCAAAAUUGAUCGUGAAAGAUGCCUUUUGCAAGAGUCAGUUGACCAAGAGGCUGAACAAUUGAUUCAAGAGGCUAAAAUAUCCUCUUCAUCAUCUUUAAUGAAAGUUUCUGUUUCGUCUUCCUCAAAUGCUGAAGUAUCGGUUAGACGCCCUCCAAUACCCUCUUCUUCAACGCCCCUUAACCAAAGGUCUCUGUUAGCUGGAAUUAAGCGCAAAUCAUCGCAAGUGCCGAAGAUUGACGCCAAGAAGUCCCACCUCGAUGGGGCCAAUAAUGACUUGGAGUCGUCGCCCUCUGACACCACCGUUGAUCUAACAAAAUCUCAGGAUGAGCUUGCAAACAACGUAGAACCACAGCUCUCAAGCCCCAACAACGACCUCCCAAAUCCUCUGAAUGAGGUUUCACCAAACGUGGCACAAGCAACUCCGACACCGGCUUGCUUGUUAGCCGGUGUCUUGCCUGGUUUGGAGGCUUACGGUGACUCGGAUGAGAGUUCUGACAACAGCGACAGGGAUUCCUCCUCGGGCGUUGAGGAUGCUGCCGUCAUUCUCUCCUCGAUUGCCCUCCUUCGUGGCAAGCAGGCCCACGAACCAAAUGUUGGUGAAUAG